CUGAGCCGGUGUCUUGCUCAUUCUCCUGCUGCAUUUCAUGAGGACAGAGGGGACAUGAAUCUAUACAAGAGCUUUGGGAAUCUAAUGGAGGCUUGGGUGUCUGAUGGAGACCUGUGUUUGGAACCAGAAUGGGUCAGAAAUAAUGAUGAAGACCUUCCUACACCUUCCUCCGAUGUGGGGACAAACCUGCGCUCAGAAUCGGUGGACUCUGGAGUGGAGACAGCCAGCUCUGUAAUGUCCUUCCCUCCUACACCAUGCUCCAUCUCAACAGACAACGCAGAAAUGGAGGCUUUCACACCAGAACGAGAAGGACUCACUCCAGCUUCAACAUCACAGUCUCCUGUCCUCUCCUCUCCUGUGCCUUCCCCUCCUCCGUCUUCCUCACCACAGUUGCUUCCCAGCAGACUUCAGGAGGACUCAACGGCCUUGCACUUAAAAGUGGAGCAAGCGCUGCAGAAGACAGACUCUCUACGUCAAAAGAAAAACCCAGAGCCCCUUACAGUGGAGGAGGUGCUCAGGAGACGUCCUCGAGCACCUUUUUUGCCCAAAAGGCACACAUCAGAGUUAGUGAGGGGUCAAAGGUCAGAGAGUUUUAUCCUCAGGCGGACAGACCAUCCAUCAGUGCUCUUGAGACAGAUGUCAGAUACGUGCAGACGGCCUAUGUCAGUGGGUUCUGGCAUGCAGCUGGCCCAGAUGAGAUCAGAGGACCUUGGUGAGGAGGCGAGGACAGGAAUGAGUCCCGGGCUUCGCUACCUGGAGGACGUGUGCCAAAUGUUAGAGAAAAUUGCCAGAGAACAGAUGCACAGCCGAGCGUUACAGAUGGAGAUGGAUACCCUGCAGGAGCAUGAAGACAUGGAGGUGAGCCAGGCUCCCGACACUUGUCAGGGUGACUCUGAUGCUGCUGAGGAGGAUCUAACUUCCUGUCAGAGUCUUGGAAAUACAGAAAGUGAGGAGCAGACUUCCAGUGUACCCCAACAGCAGAAAGAAUUUCAUUACGGACAUUUUCGGCAGAGAUCAGCUUCAGACACAAAUCUUUCAAAAAUGCAUUUAAGAAAUUUGGAUGCAGACUGCAGAGGGCAGCAUAUGAGUACAACUGACCUGAUGGAGGAGGUAGAGGAAGAAUAUGAAAAGCAGGAGUCUGGAAAAGAGGCGACGCAUAAAAAAAACAAGAACUGGAGGUUAAAAUUUGGGUCUUGGUCGAAACAGGACUCUGGAUUGAAAGAUGAGAAGGGCCAACAGAUGCAGUCAUUUGAGAGAAACUCGGCCCGACGGCGGCUGAGCCAGCUGUUCAAGUGGAGGAGGAAAACUCAGCCUGUGUGAACGGACCACAGCGUGUCUGUUGAGAUGCUUGGGACAUUUUUGGUUUCAGUUCUGAAGAGGAGGAAGCUCUCCUUUAAAGGUCUGAGCACUGUCGCUGCUGCUUUCAAACUGACUCCCUAUUCAGCUCACAGGAUGAAGCAAUCUGCCAUGUGUAUUUAUUCUAUCUGCUGUAUACUUGCCUAUAUUUUUUAUACUGACGAUAUGAUGUUCUAUAUAGCAAUGUGAUGGAGAAUGGGAUUUCUCUGUCAUGUCAUGUCAUGUCAUAGCACUACAAAGCUUGAUUUCAUUUUACAAGCAUCAUAUUUGUAUCUGUAAAAUGCUGCAAAUUGGUGAAGAAUACGGGUAUGCGCUGUUCAGUAUAUCACACUAUACAUGUAAUAUAAUGUAAAUAUAACCUUCUGACAUUCUUA